ACCUUGCCAAGCCUAAAAUUCACCGCCUUAAUUAUAGUGAAAACCACAAUCACUCUUGCCGAAUGUUGUCAAUCUCUAGACAUCAACCAUUUUCCCUCAAUGUAUUUUCCCAAAAAAAAACAUGAAAAUCCAACCCAUCCCUUUAUUUGGUGUUUAGCCAUAAUUUGCACCUUGAUAUGCAUAGCAGUGAUAAUCACAGGCAUGGCAGUGUUCAUUGGAUACAUGGUCAUACAUCCGAGAAUACCUAUCUUGAGUGUCGCAAAUGCCACUCUUGGCACCAUGCGAUAUUCUCAAGAUGGUCUACUUGAAACCCAGAUGACUAUUAUCAUCAGGGCAGAGAAUGACAACAAAAAAGCUCAUGCAAGUUUUUCAGACACUGCCUUUAUUCUCAGCUUCCAAGGACUAGAAAUAGCAAAACUCGUCGCUGACCCGUUUGAUGUAAAGAAAAACAGUUCUAUUUAUUUUAAUUAUGAGGUCACAUCUGAUGAAAUUCCGUUGGAUUCUGCUCGAAUGCAUCAGGUAGACUUGUCAUUGAAGAAAAAGGUAAUUAUAUUCGAUUUCAAAGGGAACUCAAGGACUCAAUGGAGAGUAUGGCUGCUUGGCUCCGUUAAGUUCUGGUGUCACCUCGACUGUCAACUCCGGUUCCAUACAUCGAACGGAACUUACAUAAGUUCACGUUGCAGCUCCAAAACUAAAUGACCUCUCUUUGUCUUUGUUGUUUAAGGUUCUGCUCAUAUAGGAAGAAUUGAAACGGAUGCAAUAUAUAAAUUUUUCUGAGAAAUUAAAA